AACGAACGAAAACGAGCAACGCUGUUUCCAAUGUCUGCUGUGCUGUUUGCAGUCAUGUGUGAAGGAAAGAUGGUAAAAAAUAACACAAGCUAGUCCGGAUCAUCUCCAGCUCAACUUUAGCAUCGGAACUCUCCAACUCUGUGAAAAAAAAACAGACUUUAUAUAAACUUAUGACAACCAUGACUUGUAGAAACAGGCCAAGAAUAGCAGUGACUGGUUGGAGUUCCAGCAUGCAAAACUUGGUGGUACAGGCACUUGUCAUGAGGCAGUUGGGAAGGCUGAACCCCCGCCACCUGCUGGCUGCUGGGUAUGGGCUGAGACAGACUGAAUGGUGUCCGAGGACCAUCCACACACGCCAGCUGUGGGGCUGCUCGGCCUUCUCCACACUCGGCUGUCACAGACCUUCUUUUCGGGGCAGAGAAGCUGUCAGGAGCUGGUCCAUUGCUCAUCUCAGAUUCAAAAGCAGCAAGAAAAAAGGGCGUAGUACAGUUGGACAACAAGAAGAGGAAGAUGAGGAUGAAAAAGACCCGGAGGAUAGUGACUAUGAAGAUGAAACGGAUCUAGACCCAAAUCUCCCAAAAGACUAUAAAGACAUGGAGAAAUAUGUACAGUCCUUUCGCUAUGAUCUCAUCAUGAGAGCUGGCUUGGACUUAGCACGCAAUAAAAUUGAGGAUGCUUUCUACGACAGCAAGCUCAGGCUAAAUGGGCAGAAACUUAUCAAGAAAAGUAAAACGGUAAAAGUUGGGGACAAAUUAGACCUGGUACUGUCAGAGAAUCGGGAAACAAACACUGUCACACUUAUGAGAGUCAUCCUGAGAAGAGUUUUUGCUGAAGCCAGUUCCACGGAGAAGCACAAAGUUGCCAUAAGGCGCUGGAAAUUUCUAGAACUUUCCAAGGACGAGGCCUUUAAACCAUGAACUUAAAAUGGGAAUCACCUUGUGUAAUACUGUUAUAGACAACACUCAAGCAAACACACAGAUGCCAUCAAAUGAGUGUUAUGAAGAUAUAGUGUAAAGGUGAGCAGGGGUGGCAAACAAGGAGCAUUGAUUCUAAAUGUUUACGCUGUACUGUGAGAAACGCCCCAAUAAAGGUGCACUAUGAAAC